AUGAGAUUUUCACCUCAUACGGCUCCUCGUUCAAUUCUUUCAAGUCAUUGGGUCCUUUUCCUCGUUCGAGAAUCUCCUCCUUCUUCCACUCGUCCAAGAAUAGGAAGGGCUGUUGUACAAAAUGUACUUCUAAGUAAUUGCCCCUUAGAUCCUAUAUCUAUCUAUAUGAAGAAGAAAUCAUGUAACGAAGGGGAUUCUUAUUUGUACAAGUGGUACUUCGAGCUUGCAACGAGCAUGAAGAAAUUAACGAUACUUCUUUAUCUUUUGAGUUGUUCUGCCGGAUCGAUCGCUCAAGACCUUUGGUCUCUACCCGGACCCGAUGAAAAAAAUGGGAUCACUUCUUAUGGGUUCGUUGAGAAUGAUUCUGAUCUAGUUCAUGGCCUAUUAGAAGUAGAAGGCACUCUGGUGGGAUCCUCACAGAUAGAAAAAGAUUGCGGUUAG